AUGAGAAAUGACCCCACACUAACCAUUUCAUUCAUUCCAUCCACGACCUAUGUGAAUGAUACUUCAGGAAAGCCAAAACUCUCUGUGACGAUAUCAAACUAUCUUUCGCUCUUGCAAGCAAACUUUAGUUACCAAAUAUUUCAAGAAGUGGGUGGUUCUAAUAUUUCAAUCACACCGCAAUUAUCAACUUCCACACUGACCGCAAUUUGGGACAACAUUUUUUCUCCUCCAAGGUUUGAAAUUGUGUUACCACCAGUGUUCACCAUGGCUGGAAAUUACUCGGCUCAAGUGUUAGCCAAGAAAUUGAAUGGUCAAAAUAUCAAUUCAUGGUCCACGAACAAAAUGAUCAUCAAAAGCUAUGACGAAUUUACAUCUUUUGAUAACUUGAGAAAAUUGUCAUUGGUUGAUUUGGAACAAGCAUCGACAAAUUCCUUACUUUAUGCAUUGACUUCAAAAAAACAAAAAUUAUUGGACUCACUAACGAUGGCUCUCUGUGCCAUGAAUCCAAAUACUUCAUCGCUCCAUGAUACCAAGUCAUUGGUCAACUCAUUUAAGUCUGUUUCUUCAUUUAAAAAGGAUUUAACACAAAUGAGUGUUGGAGGAAUUACUGAUUUCAUAAGCGAUUAUUCAAAAAUUAUGGUUUCUCUUUCGAAGAAUUAUGCAUCCAAUCAAUCUUCCAAUUCUGAGGUUGAUUCCAUAAGUAGUUAUAUUGAUACGGUCCAAGAUGUGUUGGAUAUUAUAUCAAAUUGCAUGACGGCAUUGCAAUCAUAUACCAAUGACAAGUAUAGCUCAGUAAUCGAAAAUAUGAUUUCAGUGACAGCAUUGACGACAAACACGACAGACCCACAUGUUUUGAAAAAUGAAGCUUUCGAGGUAGUGAUAUUACCAGAUUUGACGAAUCAAACAAGUAACCAACCUCUUGCACUCAAUGGAAGCAUCACCAUUGCAACGCCAGAUUCAUUAAUUUCCAAAACUGCUCAAUCAGGAAAGAAAUUAUCAUUAGGAAGUGUCAAGUAUUUAUAUAGCUCAAAGAUCGUACCAAGUCAAACCGUACAAUUUGAAUUUAACUCGACCACAACAACAAUCAUUGCAGAUACUUCGCAAGAUUUGUUGAAUACUAUUCAAUCUCUUUCGAACAAUUUCACAAGCAAUUCCACCCUAUCAACCAAUAAUUCAUCAUCAUCUACCCCAUUUGUUCGUGUUUCCAUUUCUCCAAUUAUAUCUGUGGAAUAUUUACAGAAUGGGUUGAUUACUGCUCUCACCAAUUUGUCAAAACCUAUCCGAAUGAACUUUCCAGCUGUCAACACUUCCAUGAUUUCUCAAAUUGAACAAUUUACGAAACCUUUCAACCUCAAAUAUAACUUUAUAUGUAUGUAUUGGAAUGAAACUCUGAAGGCAUGGAAAUCGAAUGGAUGUGUCACACUUCAGAAAUCGAGUGAUUCAAUUACAUGUGAAUGUGAUCAUACUACCAAAUUCACUUCAUUUAUUGAGUUUUCACAAGCAACGCAAAAUGCCUUUUCCAAUAUUGUCUCAGACUCGAUUACACUUAGCAUUAAUAAUGGAACGUCAAACAUUAGUUAUGAUUCUGUGAAUAUUAUCAGAGACGUGUCUGCCAUGGUUGUAGUUACAUUGGUCUCGUUGGCGAUUUGGAAUUUUGUGCUGAAUCACCUUAGAUACAUUCUAUUCAGAUACAUGUACGAAAUUAUGUUUAACGAGAGACAAGUAUCUUUACAACAAGUGUCACCAUUUUUGAAACUCAUUUCCAGGAAGAGAUUUAUGAUGCUUUCAAAUUGUGCCAUGAGUGUGUGUGUGAUUGCUUAUUUUGUCAUUUUCAUCUCAUUAACAAGAACAAGUGUCAUUAUAUCAACAACAUAUUCAUGGAUUAUGAGCCUGUCAUUUUUUGUGUUUGUUAUGAUCAUGACAAUAUGUUUAAUUGGAAUUUAUUUGUUUGAUAUCUAUAUGGAAUUCAAGUAUAAGCAAAUAUCGAGUGAAAUGCAAAAUGUUGGAAAGGAUGUCUUAUCUAAUGCAACUUCACAAACAUCCAAAUUAGAAAAUUUCGUACAAGGAAUCACAAAAUCAUUUCCUAAAACUGGUGUAAAAGGUGUUCAAGUGAAUUUGAAUUUCUAUUCAACUUCAUCUUUCCUACGAAGAUUGCAACAUUUCUUUUCUACCAAUGACAGAUUAUUCUUUAGAUUAGAGGCUGUCAUAUUUUUCACAUCGAUUGUGUUCUAUAUUGUUGCUUAUGCAUUAGGUUUUUCUGUUCUAUCAAACUCCUCAACAAGCUCAAUCACAAGCACUUAUUCACAAAUAACUACCUCCGAUGAUAUGAACACAAUUCUCCAAUUGGCGUUCAAUUUGGUUUUUCAAACAUUAUUUGAAGCUGGAUUUAUCAUUUCAUUUGGUGGAUUGGUAUUUAUUGGUGCAUUUAUUAAGAACUCCAAGAAUGUAUCAACAAGAGACGCAUCAUCUUCAACAACUAUGAACAUGGAUCAGAAUGAACAGGAUGAUGUUUCUAAGCUUUUGAAAAAUCCAAGCGCCAAAAAAGUAUUUGAACAAUUUUGUAAAUUAGAAUUCUCGUUAGAGAAUGUGAUUAUGUGGAGCAAAGUCGAAAAGUUGAAAGAUUUACUGAAAACACAUGCAGACCGUGAUCUCUAUCAAAAGAUUAUCGAAGAAUUGGAAGAUUGGAACGAAUGUCACUUUUCAUCAAGUUCUCGUUUUGAGAUUAAUUUUUCUUCACAAACAAGAGAAAAGUUUGAAAAAGUGAGAAAAGAAUUGAAUGCUCAUCAUCAUGGCCAAUCCUCAGAUGAAUUAUUGAAACAAAGUCGAUGGAUUUUCCCAUACCUUUCACUGAUUGCUCUCUUCAUAGAAAAUGCCUUUUCCAAUAUUGUCUCAGACUCGAUUACACUUAGCAUUAAUAAUGGAACGUCAAACAUUAGUUAUGAUUCUGUGAAUAUUAUCAGAGACGUGUCUGCCAUGGUUGUAGUUACAUUGGUCUCGUUGGCGAUUUGGAAUUUUGUGCUGAAUCACCUUAGAUACAUUCUAUUCAGAUACAUGUACGAAAUUAUGUUUAACGAGAGACAAGUAUCUUUACAACAAGUGUCACCAUUUUUGAAACUCAUUUCCAGGAAGAGAUUUAUGAUGCUUUCAAAUUGUGCCAUGAGUGUGUGUGUGAUUGCUUAUUUUGUCAUUUUCAUCUCAUUAACAAGAACAAGUGUCAUUAUAUCAACAACAUAUUCAUGGAUUAUGAGCCUGUCAUUUUUUGUGUUUGUUAUGAUCAUGACAAUAUGUUUAAUUGGAAUUUAUUUGUUUGAUAUCUAUAUGGAAUUCAAGUAUAAGCAAAUAUCGAGUGAAAUGCAAAAUGUUGGAAAGGAUGUCUUAUCUAAUGCAACUUCACAAACAUCCAAAUUAGAAAAUUUCGUACAAGGAAUCACAAAAUCAUUUCCUAAAACUGGUGUAAAAAGAUUGCAACAUUUCUUUUCUACCAAUGACAGAUUAUUCUUUAGAUUAGAGGCUGUCAUAUUUUUCACAUCGAUUGUGUUCUAUAUUGUUGCUUAUGCAUUAGGUUUUUCUGUUCUAUCAAACUCCUCAACAAGCUCAAUCACAAGCACUUAUUCACAAAUAACUACCUCCGAUGAUAUGAACACAAUUCUCCAAUUGGCGUUCAAUUUGGUUUUUCAAACAUUAUUUGAAGCUGGAUUUAUCAUUUCAUUUGGUGGAUUGGUAUUUAUUGGUGCAUUUAUUAAGAACUCCAAGAAUGUAUCAACAAGAGACGCAUCAUCUUCAACAACUAUGAACAUGGAUCAGAAUGAACAGGAUGAUGUUUCUAAGCUUUUGAAAAAUCCAAGCGCCAAAAAAGUAUUUGAACAAUUUUGUAAAUUAGAAUUCUCGUUAGAGAAUGUGAUUAUGUGGAGCAAAGUCGAAAAGUUGAAAGAUUUACUGAAAACACAUGCAGACCGUGAUCUCUAUCAAAAGAUUAUCGAAGAAUUGGAAGAUUGGAACGAAUGUCACUUUUCAUCAAGUUCUCGUUUUGAGAUUAAUUUUUCUUCACAAACAAGAGAAAAGUUUGAAAAAGUGAGAAAAGAAUUGAAUGCUCAUCAUCAUGGCCAAUCCUCAGAUGAAUUAUUGAAACAAGUUUCAGACUUUGCUCAAAGUGCAAACUUGGAACUACUUCUGAAUCUCAAUGACACCUAUUCGAGAUUUAUUCUCACUUCUGAAUACAAAGCACUCUCAAGUAUUGAAGAGAUUGUCACCGAGUUGAACGAGAAUAAUAAAUUCCAGUAG